CGGUGCAUACUAGAAAGAAAUACACACGAGUGUAUACAUUAGUGAAAGAGAAGUUUUGUUUACGACAAACUAUAUGUACAUAUAGUUUAAAGUAGAAAAAAUUCUGAAGGCACAAAUAAUUCUAAAGUACAAAGAUGCUUCACCAUAUAUACAUUAGUGAAAGAGAAGUUUUGUUUACGACAAACUAUAUGUACAUAUAGUUUAAAGUAGAAAAAAUUCUGAAGGCACAAAUAAUUCUAAAGUACAAAGAUGCUUCACCAUAUAUAAUAGGAUUUUAAACACUAUACAUGCGCCAUUAAUGUCACUAAGCUACAACACCUGGCCACUCUGCCCACUUAAACAAUUUUAACCUAUUCCUUUCAGUUCCCCCCAUUGCUCUCAACAAAUCCAAAGCCCUAAACUCAACGUUGGUCCUUCGGUCAUGGAUUACCUGAAGAAAAAGGAGAAGAAAACCUUGCCCACCAAUGUUACAAAGGAACAGGCUUGCACUCGACCGUUUUGCUUCUUCUGCACCAUGAAAGAGCCAAACUCCUUCAAGAGAAGAGCUGGUAUAUCAGCCUGUUUUAAGGAACUACCUCUCAGAGAAGACCAAGGAAAUGUUCUGGUGCUGAGCAGCCUAUGGAAUGUUGCUAUGGCUCACCCUGACGACCCGGAGUUCCCAUCCCUUGGAAUCUUUGAUUGCAUGGCAAGGUUUAUCCACAAAGGCAUCAACAAUAAGAGUACUAGUUGGAUUCAGAGGGACCAAAACAUCUUCAUCCCUUACUAUGCAGCUCAUGUCAUUGGUUCUUAUACCAUGAACAAGGCUGCGUUUGCCGAAAAGGCGGUGGCAUCGGGCGUGAUUCCACCACUUUUGGAGCUUCUGAGAGGGAAGAUGAGUUGGGUCGAGCAAAGGGUCGCGGUCCGAGCGCUAGGUCACCUUGCAAGCUACGAGAGGACAUUCGAAGCUGUGGCGGAAUACGAAGAAGAGGUGGUGAAUUUGGCCAUAAAGUUAGCCUCUACAUGUCUUGAUGUGGUGUAUGUUAGUUUUGUCGGGGUGAAGGAUGAGAUAAAAAGACAGAAAUAUCACUGUAAUUUGCUCACAAGAGGUGUUGGGGGAUUUGAAAUGGAGAAUUGCAAGGCUGAGGAAUGGGCUAGUCAGCUUCAGUGUUGGUCUCUCUAUAUCUUAAAUUGUUUUGCUUGCAAAGAGAGGUCUUUGAACCUCAUUUGCAAGGGGAACUUUUUGAAAGAGUUGUGUGGAAUGUGGGGUGGAUUGGCAAAUCACUCAUCGCCAGCUGGGAUUGGACUUGUUAGGAUUUUGUGCUAUAGUAAAUAUGGAAGGAAAAAAAUUGCUGAAUCAAAGGUAGUUAUUGAGAGCCUGUGUAAUCUCUCAAGGUCUUCAGAUGACUGGCAGUACAUGGGAAUCGACUGCCUCUUGUUGCUUCUCAAAGACCCCAAUACGAGGUAUAAAGUUAUCGAUAUGGCCGCCUUGUUUCUUGUCGAUUUGGUUGAGCUCAAAAGCCUUGGAGAUAGAUCAAACUUAGGUGAGGCAAUCACAAAAGCACUUCUUCUGAACGAGUUGAACAAGAACAGAAGAAUUGAAAAAUGUUUGGAAGAGGUUUGGAAUUUGAAGGUACAGAGGAGGAAGAAGGAGAGACUGUUGUCUGAAGAAAAAAUUGAGGAAAGUAGGGUUUUGGUGGAUUUAAUGAAACAAGAAGCAAAUCAUAUGUUUUGUAUAGGAGAAAUAGAGGAAGCUAUAAAGAAGUAUUCUGAAGCAUUAAAAAUGUGCCCAUUAGGGUUGAGAAAAGAAAGAAUGGUGCUCUAUAGCAAUAGAGCUCAGUGUGAAUUGCUGAUCGGAGACGCAGAUGCCGCCAUUAGAGACUCGACAAGAGCUCUCUGCUUGUCGAGUCCAGUGAAUUCUCACAGCAAAAGUCUUUGGAGGAGAUCACAGGCAUAUGACAUGAAAGGGUUGGCCAAGGAAAGCAUGAUGGACUGUUUGAUGUUCAUCAAUGGGUGCAUCAAGUCUGAGAGUAGCAAACGUGUGAAGGUUCCAUACUAUGCAGCACGUAUGAUCAGCAAACAGAUGGACGCCACGUGGCUUUUUGCCACUGCCAGGUCAAAGAUGGCAACUGUCGAUGAUCAAGACUUUCAAGAGAUUAAAGAAGUACAAAAGUCAGAAAGUAGGGUUAACUUACACGAGAGUAGCAGUGACAAGCAAGAUUACCAUGAUGAAAUGAUGAGAAUUGUGAUGCAGAAGAAAGGUCUGUCCACCAUUUUUGAAGAACCUUUAACUCAAUUAAAGGAAGAGAGUUGGAGAACGAUGGAAAGGACGAAAACGAUGUAAUUAAGCUUUGGUCGUGGCCCAGUCAGUGUAAGUUUUUGUGAUGGGUCAUUGGGUCUCAAUGCGAUAUGGAAACUUGUGGCCACAAGAUGUUAAGUUUUUGUUGAAGUUAGGGUUUAUGCAGUUGAUAGUGUCUGUCCUUCUUUGAAGCUAAAUAUACAACUGCAUACGUUAAUUUCCUUCACGAUCA